CGAGAGGCGCUCUCCAAUCCCCGCCAGCCAGCCUCUUCUUAAAGUGGCGCGGCGGCCGGGCGGCGAGGCACUCUUCGCCGCGGCUCCUCCGACUUUCAAGCGCGCUUGCUGCUUCUCCUCCUCCUCCUCCUCAAGCGAGCCGAGGCAGCGCUUGCCGUCCGCACGAGAGCGCGCGCCGCGGACUUCCCGCCAAAUCGCCCUCCUCCGCCAGCUGUCGCUCCCUCAGGAAGAGAGAAUGAAGAGUCCUCUUGUGCUGACAGUGCUGCUGUCCUUAAUAGCAGCAAAACUGUGCCAGGCCUACUGUAUUGAGUCCCAGGAGCAGCAGCUGCCCAGCGGAAUGCAAACAAAGAAGAGCUCAGACUUCUAUAAGAGUCCUCCAUCUUUGCUCCGGCGAUUGUAUGAUGGCCAAGGGAUUUCCUAUGAGGCACUGCUCAGACUGUCAGGCAAAGAGGAAGUCAAUCCUCAGGCACUUGCCUCUUCCCAGAAACGAGAUAUGCAUGAUUUCUUUGUUGGACUCAUGGGGAAAAGGACCACAGACCCUGAUAAUCCCACAGAUGUCAAUAAGGGAACACUCACUGGUUUUGGCGACCUAAAGUAUUCAUUGAAUGCAGAAUGAGGUAUCCAUGUAGGAGUGUGGACAGUCACAAUGUCUGCAGGACCUCAAGAAACCAACACAAAGCUGAUUUCAUCCACCAAAGCCCAGCACACUCUCAACCAAACCAGAACCCUUUGGUGUACUAUGGAGACCUCAUAUUGUCCUGUGCUUCCUUGUUGCCAUGUUCUUUUCCUUAAUUCUGCCCUUUAUUCCAGCCUUUUCCUCACUGUAACUCUCUAGUGUUCACUGUUUGGGAAUUUUGAAAGUAACCCUUCCCCAUGGUGCUUUGGCCCUCUGUGCAAAAUCACCCUCCCUGCCCACCCUUUUGUGGCACAGAUUAAGAACACCUCAAAAUCUUCUACAAUUACAGGGUUUUUACUUAUGACCUGCCA